AAAGAGCGUUAUGCAGCCUGGAUGAUCUAUACUUACUCGGGUCUCUUCUGCGUCACUGUCAACCCCUACAAGUGGCUGCCGGUGUACAACCCGGAGGUGGUGUUGGCCUACCGAGGCAAGAAGCGCCAGGAGGCCCCUCCACACAUCUUCUCCAUCUCUGACAACGCCUAUCAGUUCAUGCUGACGGAUCGCGAGAACCAGUCGAUCCUCAUCACCGGAGAAUCCGGUGCAGGGAAGACUGUGAACACAAAGCGUGUCAUCCAGUACUUUGCAACAAUUGCAGCGAGUGGGGAGAAGAAGAAGGAAGAGCAGCAGCCGGCAGGCAAAAUGCAGGGGACACUUGAGGAUCAAAUCAUCAGUGCCAACCCACUGCUGGAGGCCUUUGGUAAUGCCAAGACGGUGAGGAACGACAACUCCUCACGCUUUGGUAAAUUCAUCAGAAUCCACUUUGGUGCCACGGGAAAACUGGCUUCUGCUGACAUUGAAACAUAUCUGCUGGAGAAGUCCAGAGUCACUUUCCAGCUCAAGGCAGAAAGAAGCUACCACAUAUUUUAUCAGAUCAUGUCCAACAAGAAGCCAGAGCUGAUUGAGAUGUUACUGAUCACCACCAACCCGUAUGACUAUCAGUAUGUGAGUCAAGGUGAGAUCACAGUUCCCAGCAUUAACGACCAGGAAGAGCUGAUGGCCACGGACAGUGCCAUUGACAUCCUGGGCUUCACUCCUGAGGAGAAGACAGCCAUUUACAAGCUGACAGGGGCUGUCAUGCACUACGGGAACCUGAAGUUCAAGCAGAAGCAGCGUGAGGAGCAGGCAGAGCCAGACGGCACAGAAG